CCGCCGAGGGAUGCUCCUGGCGUGAGGCGCGGAGGAUGGAAAUUGUCUGGGAGGUGCUUUUCCUGCUGCAAGCCAAUUUCAUCGUCUGCCUUUCAGCUCAACAGAAUUCACCAAAAAUCCAUGAAGGCUGGUGGGCGUAUAAGGAGGUGGUCCAGGGAAGCUUUGUUCCAGUUCCUUCCUUCUGGGGAUUGGUCAACUCAGCUUGGAAUCUUUGCUCGGUUGGGAAAAGACAGUCACCUGUCAAUAUAGAAACCAGCCAUAUGAUCUUUGAUCCCUUCCUCACUCCACUUCGCAUAAACACAGGAGGCAGAAAGGUCAGUGGGACAAUGUAUAACACAGGGAGACACGUUUCUCUACGAUUAGACAAAGAGCACUUGGUCAAUAUUUCUGGAGGGCCCAUGACAUACAGUCACCGCUUGGAAGAGAUCCGGUUACACUUUGGAAGUGAAGACAGCCAGGGAUCAGAGCACCUACUUAAUGGACAAGCUUUCUCUGGCGAGGUUCAACUAAUCCACUAUAACCAUGAGUUGUAUACAAAUGUCACAGAGGCUGCAAAGAGUCCAAAUGGCUUGGUGGUAGUUUCUAUAUUCAUGAAAGUAUCUGAAUCAUCAAAUCCUUUUCUAAAUCGUAUGCUAAACAGAGACACCAUAACGAGAAUAACGUAUAAAAAUGAUGCAUACUUACUGCAGGGACUCAAUAUUGAGGAACUUUAUCCAGAGACCUCUAGUUUCAUUACAUAUGAUGGGUCAAUGACCAUCCCACCCUGCUAUGAAACAGCAAGUUGGAUAAUAAUGAACAAACCUGUCUACAUAACAAGGAUGCAGAUGCAUUCUUUACGACUACUAAGCCAGAAUCAACCAUCACAGAUAUUUCUGAGCAUGAGUGACAAUUUCAGACCAGUCCAGCCUCUCAACAAUCGAUGUAUCCGAACUAAUAUCAACUUUAGUUUACAGGGAAAAGAUUGCCCAAACAAUAGAGCACAGAAACUUCAGUAUAGAGUAAAUGAAUGGCUCCUCAAGUAAGUAAGGACAUAGCAGGAAGAAUCCCUAACCUCAGUGGAAUGCUACGACUGUGAAUUGAUAUAAUCUAGAACGCACCCAGCCUCAUUCACUCUUUGGAUUCAUGACGGCACGUGGAAACGUGCUGCAAGAAAAGAGCUGCCAUGAUGGAAACGCAACUAAAAAUUCAUACGUAUGAUCAGUGGUAAUUUAAAAACAAACAAACAAAAAGACAAUAACUACAGUAAAUGUGAUUACAAUUUUGAUACAGUUUUCCUGAACUAAUUUAGCUUCACAAAAAGAGACUUUUCAGCCUUUGUAUAUAUGAAAUUCUUCCUCUCUGCCCCCUCCCUCAAAAUUAAAAAAAAAUAAAUAAAAAAUAAAUAAAAAGAAAAAAAGGUGGCUCAGUACAGCAUCAAAGUGGAGUUGUGUUCUGUGUGCCAAGUAACCCUUGGAAAGCUCUCAUUAUAUCACUAUUAUUAAUGGAUACUGACAAGACAGAACAAGAAGACUGUAGAGGAAACAUUUCUAGGUUAUGAUCCUUCUGUUUAUUUAAUAAAAAAGGACAGACAGUGAGAGAUAAGUAUUGUAAAUAUUUCACUGGAGAAUAUAAAGGAAAUUGAAAUAUUUCCCUCUUUGUCACAUAUCUGUAGUAGGACUUGCC